AUGAGAUCAGUUGCUUCGAUCAAUUCGAAUAAUCGAGAAACAAUGAAAUCAGUUACUGAUAGUGUCAAAGAUAAGGGAAAACCCGAGAUUGCAAUUGCCGCCGCUAGUGAAAGUGAUUAUGACGAUAGCGAGCAGCAAUAUUUCAACCAAGACCUAAAAGAUGUAAAUGAGGAGUAUUUGGCACGACUCAUUAAGGAAAAGGAAGAUUUGGGAACUCUACCAAGUACUUUUCACUUUAAGCAUGCUAUUCGUCUCGUUGACGAAGAGAUUGCCAAAAUUCAUGAGAGUCUUGAACAAUCAAUGGAAGUGAACGGAGAUGGAAUGGAACUGCUACCAGGGAUACCAACUCAAGAAACGUAUGAAGAUGGCACCAUGGAUGAGGUAUCAAUCACAACAAAUGGGAAAGUUUUUCUACAAGAGAAAAUAUUUGUGCCAGUAAAUGAAUAUCCAAAUUAUAAUUUCGUUGGACGUAUUCUUGGUCCACGUGGGAUGACCGCAAAACAGCUUGAGGAGGAAUCAGGCUGCCGUAUCAUGAUUCGUGGACGUGGAUCAAUCCGUGAGGAUGCCCCGCAACGUCAAAAUAUCCACAACGAUCACAUGAAGGAAGAAUUGCAUGUUUUGGUGCAAUGCGAAGAUUUCGAAGAAAGAGCAAAAGCAAAAAUGAAAAGGGCUGUUGACUGUAUCCGUUCCAUGCUUAUACCACCAGCAGAAGGUGAAGAUGAAUUGAAACGUAAACAGCUGAUGGAAUUAUCGAUCAUUAAUGGUACUUAUCGACCAACUAUUGCAUCGCGAACAGCGCUUCGUAAAUAUUUUUGCAAUUACUCGCUAUUUCCACAAGUAAAUUUUGGUCAGAUUGGAGUGGGAAAUACAAUCUACGGAAUGAACAAUUUUCCAAUGCUUCCAAAUAGCGGCGUUGAGGGCAACAAAUAUAACACAUUCUAUGAUCCCAGAGCAGGCGUAAAUUUUCCAUACAAUUAUGCGCAACAAUACCAGUACAAUGCUUAUACCGCAAAUACGCGUCAGGCGCUUGCAUCAUUGGGAUUCGAUAUGGACGCCUUCGAGAUUAACGACUGUUAUGGCAAACGAAUGGGCCGGGCAUCUGCAGGCGUCUCCGGCAAUCACGCAGCUACAACAAACGCAGCUGCGUUUGCUGCGCAAUAUCCUCGCCCCUGUGGAUAUAGCGCUCCGCUUAUGGAUCCGUUCGUUAUGCAGGGUAUGUGGAAUCCGGCGAUUAAUUCACCGAUGUUCGGUAUUAAUGCAUCCAACCCACUGGCUAGAGAAUACUACAAUCACGUAAUGACUGGACUUGCACAAACAAUUAACAGUAAUGGAGUAUCGAUUGGUAACGGAAUGUCGCAAUCAUCUAGCACUCCACCUGUCAACUUACAGCAGUACCUUACGGCUGCGGCACUACUCAGCGGUGCGCCAAACUUUCGUACCGAUGGAUCUGGCGAUGGACCUAAUGACCAUCACUGA